CAUCACACAAUCCUCGGUGGCUCCAUUUUCUAGCUAACGUUGAGCGUUUGUUGUUCCACCUUUUAUAGUUUUAAGAACAGAUUUCUGUAUUUCCAUUGUUGUCGGACUGAAACGACUUAUUUCUCAAGAUGGGGGGCGGCGAUCUGAACUUGAAAAAGAGCUGGCAUCCCCAGACUAUGAAAAACAUUGAGCGUGUCUGGAAAGCUGAGCAGAAACAUGAGGCUGAACGCAAGAAGAUUGAGGAGCUCCAGAAAGAACUGAAAGAGGAGCGAAGCCGAGAAGAAAUCACCAGAUUCGCAGAGGAACGCGGUGCCAUCAAAAAAAAGGAUGAUCGCCUGGACUGGAUGUACCAGGGCCCUGCUGGUCAGGUGUCCAGAGAUGAGUAUCUGCUGGGACGUCCCAUUGAUAAGCAAAUCACCGACCAAUACGAGGAGCCCGAGAGCGGCCCAUCAAAUGAGACUGGCCUCCUGCCUGGGUCCAUCUUCAACCCCGCCACUCCUGCUUCCAACCUCGACCUGGCUGCCAAGAUCAGGGAAGACCCCCUGUUUGAAAUCAGGAAACGUGAGGAAGAAAAGAAGAGAGAAGUCCUGACUAAUCCAGUGAAGAUGAAGAAAAUUAAAGAAAUGCUGCGGCAAAAUCUUGACAAGAAAGACAAGAAAAAGAAGAGGAAGAAGGAUAAAAAAGAGAAGAAAGGAGAUAAACAGAGAAGAAAGGAGAAGAAGCACAAGAGAAGGAGUUCAAGCACAAGCUCAGACGAGGAAGACGAGAAAAAACACAGGUCACAUACACGAGAUGAAUAUUCAGCAGACUCCAAAUCUCGUUCUCAUCUUCCAGGCUAUGGCCUACUGCUCCCCACGGGCAGGCAUCACCAGUCCUCUGCUCCCUCCAAUCACUCAGGGCGCCGCGAGAGGAGCCGCUCCCGAUCGCCUCACAGGAACGACAGGGAAAGUCACUCAAACUCUUCUUCCUCACACAGAGGUGACAGGAAGGUUGAGCCUAGAGCUUCCAGCCUACAGAGAGAGCGUCACCACAAACAGAGGCACCCCGUGUCCAAAAAGCUCUCUGCAGAAGAGCUGGAGCGCAAGAGGCUGGAGAUGAUGGACCAGGCCAAGCAGAGGGAGGAGGACAGGGAGAAUAAAGUGAAGAGAUACAAGAGGCAAGAUGAGCAGGAAAAGCAGCGGGAACAAAAUGCCAAACAUGACCGCCAUGCUGGCUUCAUUCAUCAGAUGAAGCUGGAGAGUGCUGCCAGCUCUUCCUUGGAGGACAGAGUGAAGAGGAAUAUCCACUCCAUUCAGAGGACGCCAGCCUCCCUGGACAACUUCAUGAAAAGAUAAAGACAUUUAUCAUACAGAUAAACCAAACUGAACUGGUUGAAAAGCCUUGAAAAGAGUAUUCCAUUCACUCCCUCAUUAGUCUCCUUAGUGUAUCACAGUACGUAUUAAUGCACUGAGGAUAGAUGGUGUGGUGGGAGUCUGUCAUGAGUUUAAACAGGGAACCACGUGGCUCCAUGUCUACCCAUUGCUUUUAAUUUGAAAAGCAGUUUCCACCGUGGUAACAUAAUUUAUAUUUCCAACAAAUGCAAAAGGCCUAGUAUGGCUGAUCUGUUCUAAUUACUUUAAUGAAAGCUGAUAUCCCUUUUAAGGUUCAUGUGAUCUGAACUGUGUAUAGUAUAUUCUUUUUUUUGUUUUUACAGUAUAAUAGAACCUGCUUUUAUAUCAAAGGUUUUUGUAAUAUAUGUACAGUAUGUUACUUAGUGUACACCUGUGAGUAGCAACUGGAAUAAAAACAUAUUUCCAGAGCUCCA